AUGCCCCAACUCAACCCCGCCCCUUGGCUUUCCAUCCUGGUAUUCUCCUGAUUCGUAUUCCUAUUUGUAAUCCCACCUAAAGUGCUCAACCACUCCUUUAUGAAUGAGCCCGCCCCACAAAGCGCUGAAAAACCUAAAUUUAACCCCUGAAACUGACCAUGAUACUAA